UUUACCUUCAAUAUAUGGUGUUUUCUCCAACAAAGAUAAUCAUGAUUCUACGGUAUUUUUGUAAAACAAGUUUCUUGUUGAUUUGUAUACUCCUCAAUAUUAUAUUUAUACCAAAAUUAUAUGCGGAAAACAAUCAAGAUAAUUUAGAAGAUUCGAAAAUGUAUUUAUAUAUGAAUAUCACUGGAAUGGCGAGCUUGAAAUCUGAGCGUGUUCCAGAAGAGCAGAGACAGCAGAAAAGAUUUUACUCAAAGCGAUUAAUUUCCAAACUUAGGAAUGACAGGAAUUUAGAAGUUAUAUCUUCUACAAGAAAUAAGUUCUGGAACAAUGCAAUUGUUUCUUUAAGUCACGAAAAAUCGUCGCUUGAACGCAAGGAAAGUAUGGGCAACAGAGAGAUUCCGUCCAAGAAAGACCGUUCUGAGAAGAUUGAUAUUUUUCGGACGAGAAAGUUAUUAACGGGCGAGAGCUUCGAUAAUCCCAGUGAUAGAAAAAAGAAUUUUAGUAGUGAACCCCCCGGUGACUAUAUUACCAAUUAUUUAUCUGCAAGUGAUGCAUCUAAAGCGAAGAUAAUCGAUAAUGCAGAAUCAAUUUUCCAGGAGGAUACCAACAAUGAUUUAUUUAAUAUAAGUUAUAUGGAAGAUGGUUCUGGAAUGUUUGGCAGUAAAAGUGACGGAGAUACUUUGAUAUCUCAGAGCCCCAAUAUGGUUACUCAUUCCACUGAUGAACCAACGAUUCUAUCUUCCGUAAACCCUGUAACCUCCUCUGCUACACAUCGAGUAUCAUCUUCAAAUUCAUCAGCAUCAUCAACACCAUCGUCGUCAGCAUCAUCACCAUCAUCAACAUCGCCAUCACCAACAACGUCAGCUGCAGUUGCAUCACCAUCACCGGUGUCAUUAUCAUCGUCUUCGUCGCUUUCCACAAACGAGGAACUUAUUUCAAAUGUCUCAUCGCUGCCCGGUGACCAAUUGUCUGGAACAAGUCAGGGAGCCACCACAUCAUCCAUACAUAACAAACUGCCUAAUAUGACGGCUGGCCGCAUUAGGGAUCAGAUCACUGACUCACACAAUAUAUCAACAUCAACAACCUCGUCACCGAAGGCGACGACAAACACCACUACCACCACAACAACAGCAACAGCACCAAGAAGAAGAGAAACUAAAGAAUCCCUUGCAACACCCAAUGAUCUCAUUUUAAAUUCGGUAACGCCUACCACAUCGAAUUAUUUUAACACAACCUCUACAAAUGUAAAUAUGUCGCAGCAUUUAUCAUCAAAGCCAGAAACAUCAACAGAGAGCAUUGAGAGUAAACUUAAGCAAACUUUACCUCAGUCCAGCUCUAGCACAUCUCAUGUGAUGCCAAAGGAAAGCACCACUAGAAAAAUACUUGGGUCAACAUCUUCGGCCAUUUUUACAAAACAUAUUGAAAUGUCAUCCACUAAAAAUAACAGUAUUUUCGUAGAGCCAGCUAGUAUUUCUCCAUCAGAAGUUACUCCGAGUACAGACAAUACCAAGCCGUUUCGUAAAGACAUAACCAAUACUGCCGAAGACAAAACUGUACAGAAAACUUCUUUCGCACCGACAAAACAAACGGUUCUACGUUCAACCGACACCACCUCUGUAUAUAGCCCGAAACAGAGAUCAUCCUUAUGGCGGGGUGAUACACCACGUGUUACUAAUGUGAUAGAAUCCACAACAAGAACAGACAAUGUUCAAACGACGGAGUCAAGUCCUACAGAAGAGACAAUAUUUAUUCCGGUGAAUACAUUAGCAUCAAAAACUGAAAAAAAUAAUGAACAUUCUCAACAAAUAAAUUCAGUAGCGACAUCAACAAUAGCAACAUCACCAAUAAGUAGUUUAUUUUUAACAAAAGUGUCUAAUCCAGUCCAGGUUGAUACUACUACUUCUAGACCAACGACAACCAUUCCUAGAGGAUUUAGGACAAGACACAAUCACACACUAACAACAACAUCCAAUCAUAUUACGGCAACAACAUCCAGUUACACACCAAUAACAUCUAGUCACACACUAGCAAAAUCCAGUCACACACCAACAACAUCUAGUCACACACCAACAAAAUCCCACAGUAUUACGAAUGUAACCGCAACAAAUCACACAACAGUAAACACGCCCGACCCCACACCAACAGCAUCGUCCAGUUACACAUCAGAAAACAUACCCACUCACAAGUCAACAGAAAAACAUAGUCGCAAACCAACAACAUAUAGUCAUACUCCCACAACAACACACAGACACACAAUAAAAACAGUUGCAACACAAUCUGAUAUAGCAAUACCUACAACGCAACCUGACAAACUAACAACCACAUCAGAACUAACAAUCACACCAGAACCAACAAUCACAACAGGUCCAACAACCAUAUCAGAGACAACUACCACAGAAAAGACAACAACCACAGCAAAACAAACAAUCACAACAAAACCAACAACCACAUCAGAACUAACAAUCACAAGAAAGCCAACAACCACAGAAAACCACAAAACCACAGAAAAACUAACUACAACUGUACCAACAACUACAACAGUACAGACAACCACAACAAAGCCAUCUACCACAACAGAGCUAACAACUACGAUAGAACCAACAACCACAAGAAAGCCAAAUACCGCAGCAAAACCAACAACCAUAACAAAACCAACAACCAAAGAAAAACGAACAACCUCAACAAAGCCAAAUAUCACAAAAGGACCAAUAACAGCAACAGAGCCAACUGAAACAAGUGAGCCAACAACUACAACAGAGCUAACUAUCACAACAGGACCAAUAACCACACAAAAGCCAACUACCACAGGAAAAGCAACAACCACAACAAAACCAACAACCACAACUGAGCCAACAACCACAACAAAAUCGAUAGUAACCACAUUGGAACCAACAGCCACAACACAGCCAACAACUGCAACAGAAGUAGCAACCAGAAGAAAACCAACAGUAACCACAACAGAACCAGGAACCACAACAGAACUAAGAACCACAACAGAACUACCAGCCACAAAACAGCUAACAAAAAAAGCAACAGAACCAAUAACAAACACAACAAAAGCAACAACAACUGCUCCAAAUUCAACAAUAAUCACAUCAAAACUAACUAUACAAGACACAACUACCAAAACAAAACCAACACCCACCACAACAAACCAGAGAAAAACCACAAGAGAAACAACAACAACCACAGAAAUGCCAACACUGACUACAACAGAACCAGUGACUAUAACCGCAAGAGAACCAACAACAGCAACAACAAAAGACACAACAACCAAAACGGAACCAACAAGAAUAACAGCAGAACCAGCAAAAACCAAAACAAUAAUCAGAAAAGAACCAACAACAACCACAACCGAAGCAAUGUCAAUUGCACCGAAUCGGGCAACAGUUACACCAAAACCAAGAACAACCACAACAGAACCAAUUACAACCACAGCAGAACCAAUUACAACCACGGCAGAACCAACAAAAACCACGGCAGAACCAACACAAAUAACACUGGAACCGUCAACAACUUCAACAGAACAAACAACAAUCAGAACAGAACCAACUACGACCAAAACGGAAUCAAGAACAACAACCACACACCCAACAGGAACAACAACAAUCGCAAAAAGAAAACCAUCAUCAACAACAACAAAAGCAAAACCACCACUAAUGACAACAACAAGACCAACAACUACCACAACAGAAUCAACAACCAUAACAGAACCUAAAACCACCGCAACGAAACCAAUAACAGUCACAGCAGAACCAACAACAACAUCAACAGAACUAGCAACACGCACUACAGUAGCAACUACAAUUACAAUAGAGCCAUCAACCACAUCACAGUCAAAAACACCCUCUACAGAACAAACAACAUCUACAGCAAAGCCAAAAAGGACUACAACAGAACCAACAACAACCAAAACAAAACAAACAACCAUACCAGAACCAAUAACCACAAUGACACCAUUGAUAACCACUAAAGAACCUACAACAAUCACAACUAAACCAACAACAACCACAACAAAUCUAACAACAACCAUAACAGAACCAAUAACCACACUAAAACCAUCGAUAACCAUUACGGCACCAGCUACAAGCACAGCAAAACCAGAAACAACCACAAUAGAACGAACAACAACCACAACAAAAACAUCAACAACUGCAACAGAACUAACAACAACCGCUACACAACCAACAACACCCACUACUGAACCAAAAACCACAACAAAACCAGUAACCACAAGAGAACCAACAACACCCACAACAGAAAGAACAACAAACACAACAGAACCAACCACCACAACAAAACCAAAAACAACCACAACAAAACCAACAACACCUAUUACAGAACAAACGACAACCACAACAAAACCAACAUCGCCCACUACAGAAUCAACAAGAACAACAAUAGAACUAACAACAACUACAACAGAACAAGCAACAAUCAUAACAAAUCCAACAACAACCACAACAGAACCAUCAACAACUGGUACAGAUCCAACAACUACAAUAAAACAAGCAAUAAUCAAUACAGAGCUAGCAACAAUCACAACAACAACCACAACAGAACCAACAACGACCACUACAAUAGAACCAAAAACAACUGCACCAGAACCAAAAACAGCCUCAACAAAACCAAGAACAAUAAUAGCAGAAACAACAACUACUACACAGCCAACAACACCCACUAUUGAACCAAAAACCACAACAGAACCAACAACAUCCAUUACAGAAGCAACAACCACAACAAAAGCAACAACAACAGAACCAACAACAACCACCGAAGAACCAACAACACCCACUACAUUACCAAAAACCACAUCAAAACCAACAACAAUCACAACAGAACCAGCAAUAAUCACAAUAACAACCACAACAAAACCAACAACUCCAACUAUAGUACCAAUAAGAACCACAACGCAACCAACAGCAAACUCAAGAGAACAAACAACAACCACAACAAAACUAAUGACACGCAGUACAAUACCAACAACAAUCACAACAAAACCAACUACAAUUACAAUAGAGCCAACAACCACAACAGAACCAAGAAGUACCACAACCAAGUCAACAACAACUGCACUAAAACCUAGCAUAACCACAGCAGAACCAACACCAACCACAACUGAACGAACAACAACCAUAGCAAGGUCAUCAGCUACAGCCACAACUCAGGAAACAACACCAAAACCAAUAACAACCGCAACUAUCACAAGAGGACCAACAACCACCAGAACACAACCAAGCCAACAAUAA